CAGCUGUGUUUACUGUUUUCAUCUUCCCUAAAACACACACACACAGUAAUCUGCAAAUAAUGGCGAUUAACUGAGGGAAAACAAAAAGAGUCUGAAGAUCUUGGACUCACUUACUUAAGGGGGAAGAUUAUUGAUGUUAAUUGUUUAGGGUUUUGUUUUUAGUUUUAAUGGAUUUGGUUCAAGUGAGUUGUAGUAAAGCAGCAAAUUUUGUGUCAGAAGGUGAUGUUAUUAGCAGCUUGCCAGAGACUCUGAUAACUAAUAUUUUGGAUCGUUUGCCUAUACGAGAUGCGGUUAGGACUGGUAUCUUGGCCAGAAACUGGAGGUUGAAAUGGACUAUGCUCUCCCAACUUGUGUUCGAUGAGAAGUUCUUUAAGGAUGUAUUCGGAGCACCAGGCACAGAUAGUUAUGAUUGGAGGAAUGUAAUUAAAUUCCUCCUUUCUCUUAGAGGUUCCAUAACGAAGUUUACCCUUCGUCUACCAAAGGACAUGGUAUUCGAUGUUGAGGAUAUUAACCAUUGGUUUUUGUUCUUGUCUGGAAAAGAAAUUAAGGAUGUCUCUCUUAUAAAUAUGCAUGAAACACCACUUAAGUUGCCUGACCACCUUUUCUCUUGUCUUGAGUUGAAAUGUUUGGAGAUUCGGGACUGCUAUUUUUGUCCUCCACUUAGUUUUCGAGGUUUUCCAAACCUAUUGAAGUUAAACUUGCUUCGGGUACAUUUUGAAAGCUAUAAAUUUGGGGAGCUUGUCACUUGUUGUCCCGUACUUGAGAUUCUUGGUAAUUACGUUGAUGGACUUUUAGGCAAAGUAAAAGCAGUUGAGAUUGCACAACUUGAUAAUCUCAAAUCAUUAAGUAUGUCAUUAUCUAACCUUGAUACAGGGACAUUAACAAGUUCCAGCAUCUUUCAGCUUGUGGGUUCUUUUUCAAAACUUCAGGAAGUUAUUUUGGUUUUUUUAAACUGCAAGUUAUUGGCAGAAGCUGGUGCUACAAAGGGCAUCACUACCACUUUUCCUUGUCUUGAGAUUCUAAGAUUAUGGUCGGUAGAUUGCAAUAAGGAUAUCGAGGUAUCAUUAGUUUUGAAAAUGAUAUGUUGCUCUCCAAAAUUGCAGAAGCUUCAGAUCGUGGGUACAUACGAAAAUGACGUCCCACCCAUCGCACCCUGUUCUUCAGAUUUUAAUGAUAACACAAUGUGGCGGUCGCAGCUUCGAAGUGUGGUGUUUGCAUGUUCCAAAGGUUCCAAGUCUGAAAUAUAUCUGAUAAAAACUUUACUUGCUUGUUCCCCCUUGCUAAAGAAGAUUGCUAUUGGGCUCAACACAUCCUUAAUGGUUGAUGGUGCAGAUGGAAGGCUUCAGUUUGCUGAGAAAUUGUUAAAACUCCAUCGAGCCUCUACUAUGGCAGAAAUAGACCUCUUCUACUUUAGUAACUGGGAUUCAUCUGUCCCAUAUUAUUAUUGGUAAUUUCUAUAGAUUAUGUGGUUGGGGUGUAACUUCUACAUAUGUAGCACUCAAAAUCUGUUGCACUCCUUUUGUUUUAUUAAUACGCCUGAUGUUUUAGAACUUCCCUGAGUUUUUGAUGUAAUUGGCCGUCUCUUGUAAAAUGAGAGAGAUCACUGGUCUAGUUGUUUGAGGUUCUUUAAAACUAGUGUAAGCUAUGACAGAUUCAUGUAUUGAACAGCCUUGUCAAAA